AUGUCGCUGAAAGUGGGUCAAUUGGUGACUUUCCGACGUGAGAUCGACGCGAAUUGGAUGGAAGGAGCGAACAAUUUGGGGGAAAUGGGCAUUUUCCCGAGUUUUUAUGUGAGAAGGUUUUCCACCAGAUGCUUUGAUCACGAUGCGAUUACAAUGAGAUCGAUCUUCAUCAUAAUCAUUCCGGUGUUCAUUCGUCGGCUCAUUUCUCUCGUUCAUCAUAUCAUCAACAAAAAGAGGCACUUGUCA